CCGACCACAACCACAGCGACCACGACCGUGCACGUACGUACAGGAGCACACCAGGCAACGGCAAUGGAAGCACCACGCCCGCGUCUCCCCAUCGUCGCCGCGCUGUCGGCGGCGCUGCUCCUCGUCCUCGCCCACGCCCACGGCGCUGCCUCCUCCCCCGCUGGCGGCCCGACGCCCGUCGCCGUGCGGCCCUGGGUGGCGCGGCUGCAGGCACUCCACGACCUGUCCGUGUCCGGCGAGCAGCAGCAGGGCGGCGGGUUCGGGGAGUGCUGGGGCGCCGUGAUGGGGCUGAGCUCGUGCUACGGCGAGAUCCUGCUCUUCUUCGUCAACGGCGAGUCGUACAUCGGGCCCGACUGCUGCGUCGCCAUCCGCGGCGCCACGCGCUACUGCUGGCCCGCCAUGCUCGCCUCCGUCGGCUUCACCGCCGAGGAGGCCGACGUGCUGCGCGGCUUCUGCGACGGCGAGGAGGCGGAGGCCACCCGCGCGCCGCCGCCUGCUGUGCCCGCUCCUCCCGCCCGGGGACUGGGCCAGCUGGCUGCCGUAGCCGUGAGGGGGUGAGCUGGUACCUCCGCCGGAAUCGAGGUCGUCGAAUAAGCUAGGCACGCGUGGUGUGGCGUGUGGGUAGUGGUUUUUGUACAAAACAAACACGGUGACUGACUGGCUCACUGCAUCAGGUCCAGGUCGUAUCAGCACUGCCACGCCAAUAAAACUGGGUGUUCAU